AUGAAGGCCUCUGGAGUGCUUCGUCAGUACCGCAUCGUCGGGCGGCACCUGCCGACGGCGGCCAUCACCAACCCGCCCCUCUACCGCAUGACCAUCUUCGCGCCGGACCACGUGAUCGCCAAGUCGCGCUACUGGUACUUCCUCUCGAAGCUGAAGAAGGUGAAGAAGGCCAACGGCGAGAUCGUCGAGAUCAAGGAGAUCCAGGAGUCGGACGCCGCCGCCAAGGUGAAGAACUACGGCGUCUGGCUGCGCUACAACUCGCGCACCGGCAGCCACAACAUGUACCGCGAGUACCGGGACAUCUCCACCAACAACGCCAUCACCUCGUGCUACCGAGACAUGGGCGCCCGUCACCGAGCCCGCGCCGACUCGAUUCAGAUCAUCCGCGUGGAGGAGAUCGAGUCGAGCAAGUGCCGCCGACCGCACAUCAAGCAGUUCCACGACUCGAAGAUCAAGUUCCCGCUGCCCGUGCGCACGCAGAAGAACUUCCACGCCAACCGCUUCACCACGCGCGUUCCUCGAGCUCGUCUGCUGUAA